AUGGCCAAGCCAACAAACGUUCUUGUUUUUAUAAUAAUUUGUGCGGUUGGACCGUCUCUGUGCCGAAAAAGCUUCUUGGAAGGCGAUUGCUAUGAUGGAGUCAGCCAGUUUUGUGGGGAAAAUGGCAAAUGUAUGAAGGGACCAUACAGUCCAAUCACAUUGAAAAGGAUGCAUUGGUGCAGGUAAAUUUAAAUAAUCGAAAUGAGAAAACUAUCCAUUUUGGACUGAAAAUUAUCGAUCGACAAUAUUUUGAUUAAAAUGAGAUUUCCAAGAAAUUCAACUUUAGAGCUACGAUAAGUUCAGAGCAGCUUUGAAACCCUGUAAAGAUUCGUAGCGUCAUACUUCAUAUUUCUAUGUGCAAUGUUUUCGAGUCUUAUUAAUAGGAAAUUGGUUUUUCUAGAGCUAAAUUAUGUUCAGCCGAACUUAGUGUUCUAAAACAUUCCACCCAAAAACACCUGGAUUUUUUAACAACCUUGAAUGAAUUUUCUCACCAAAAAGUUGGCUAAAACCUUCGCGCAGCUGGUCUUAUCUUUUCUUCUUUUUUUGACAAUUCCAGGUGUUGCACAAUAAGUUCGGCAUUAUUUAUGACCAUAAAAGGAAUAAUAAAAAAGUGCUUAUCUUAUCACUAAUUACUAAUGAAAUAAAACCAAUGUUGGUUUUAUGGCGCGUGCCAGCGAAUAAUAGGAAGAUUUUUUGAAGUAAAUGUGUUUCCCAGUCAUUUUUCACAAGGCUCUCGCCUCUUCGUUUCCCGAUUAAUUAACCCUUUUCUCAUGCAAGGGAAAAAAGCGGUCUCAUUAAAUCUCAUCACUAUUCUGACCACACACGACGAAAUCGGUAGUUUAUUGCCCAUUUUUUUGAGAAAAAACGGCUGGGAAUGGAUGAGAGAAAAAAACUUGUUUGGGGGGAAAUUGGAAAUUUUUGAGGAAGUUCCAAAGUUUUGGGAUUUUUAUUGAAAAAGUGAUGAUUAUAAAUAUGUUCAAUAAUUAAAAAGUUCAGAAUAAUUUCAAAUUCUCAAAGUUUCUUUCGAAUCUAUUCCAAUUUCUCCGACCAAAAAGUCACGAAAAUCUUCCAUUUUCACACAAUAAAUCACCCAAAGAAGGUAUGACAUCAAUUUUUUCCAAAAAAUAUUUACAACCUUGUAAAAAUUAGCGGUGCUUCUUUUUUCUAUGAAUCAUCAUUUCUUUGACUUUUUCUUAUCAAAAAGAAAAAUUGCCGCCAAACAAAAAAAAAACAAAUGUUCUAAUCCAGUUUUCCCAAAAUCCAAAACUAUUGUUCGUUCGGUAUUUUCGGGUCCCAUGGGUGGAUUAGUGACAAAAAUGAUGAAACAUGUGAUGAUUCUUGCAGGUGCGAUGAUGGAUUUGGCGGAGAGAGCUGCGAAAAAGUUUGCGAUGCUCAAUGUGGAGCGAAUCAGAAAUGCGUUUUUGAUGGUGUCACCGGAUUGGCGAAAUGUGUCUGCAAAGGUAUUUUUUGAUUUAUACAUUCGAUUUUAUUUUAUUAGAAAACCACAUGUUUUUGGCGCAUUUUUUCGUGGUGCCAUGUGGUCAAAAAAUGACCAUUUUGUUGUAGGCCCCCGGGGGAUUAGUUUUACUAGAAACGCACUUUUUUGUGACAUUUUUAUGAUUGAAGAGAUGUUUUUUUGGGAAUGUGGAAGAGACAUUUGUGUGGAAUUUUUGGAGGGAAAUUUUGAUCAGAAAUUGGUUUUGUACUGAAAAUUUACCCUGAAACCUUCUCGAGAAUCUAAAAAAAAACUAACGAAGAUUUACUUUUUACAUAUGAACAUCUAGUCUCAUAUUCUUCGAAGAUUCAAUUAAAUAAUUUAAAAUUUCCAUCUGUCAUUUACUAAUCAUCAAAAAAUUCCCUUGUAAAAACAAACAAUUCAUCGAUCAUUUCCCCUUUUAUCUUUCAACCAUUUCACCGACACAGAAAUCUUGUAGUUUUUCAAAUUUUUGUGUGUCGUCUUGGCGCCGACAAAACUUUUGACCUGUGUGGUGUUGACAAAUUGGCGACACGAAAAAAGAGACGAAAAAGAUUAAUUGAGACACCUCAAAUUUAUUAUUUUUCCUUUUUUUCUGCUGUUGAAGGCGCCGUAAAGGUGAAGAAAAGAGAGAAAUAAUGACUAUUAACAGGCCGUGGGAAUUUGGAGUACUGUAACUUUUUUCUAGUUUUUUUUCGCAAGGGAAAGACAUUUCUUGGUUUUAUUUCGUUGUAAAAAAAUUUCGAAAAAAAACCAAGUUUUUCGGAAGAAGUGCACACAUGUUAUGUUUUCAAUAUAUUAUUUGACAUUCUCACAUCAUUCAUCGUUUUUUCUGCUGUCGAAUGAAAUCAAACAAGCAUAUGCUACAGUAGGAAAUGGGAAAUUAUGAUUUUUGAAUUUAGGGGAACUUUGACCAGAAAAUCUUGAAAAUUAACUCGAAAUCUAGAUUUUUAUCGAACUAUGUGGCACUUUUUGGUUUACAACCGAUUUUUGAGUCGAUUUUUCCACGUGGAUUUUUGCCUAAAACAUUCACUUUCCCAUCACCAAAAUUAUUUUCAUUUUUGCAUUUUCCCACGCAUUUCUCGUUUUCUUUCAAUUUUGGGCAGGUGUUCCUUUUUUGUCUCUUCUUUUUUCCUAUUCUUCCAUCUUUUUCAAUCAAAAACAGAACAAAAAAGUAGCAACAGAUUGAAAAUGAGGGUGGAAGGACAGAGAGACGUAAUAUUUUGUUUUGUGAUUCACACGGGCACUGUGGGGGGUGUCUGUUUUUGGGAAAGUUUGAGUGACAAGAGACGGGGAGAAUGAGGAAAAUAUUGCGUAAUUAUUGGGGAAAUUUAAGGUUGGAUUAUAGGAAAACUGUUACCUUUGAUCUAAAAUUUGGGAAUUUUUGGAAAUUCUGACUUUGAAAAUCCAACACUCAAAAUUUAUUGAUUUUUUUCCAGAUUGCGACAAAUUCGGCAAUGAGAUUUUCCUGUGCGAAAGUGGAUGGGGAGGUCAGUUUUUCUUAUUUUCGAAAAAUUUGUCUCCAAAUCUAGAAAAUUUUACAAGGUGUUAUUGCACAAUAUCCUACGCCAAUUGUUACCUAAUAAUUCUACCGUAGUAUUACACUAAACAAACAAUAGAGCGCUCUCUAAUUAUCUCGAAAUUGCGUGAAAUGACAAACUUUGUUGAUAGGGGUCAAGUGGAUUUGGAUAAAGUUGUUUUAAAUAUGGGUUCUAGAUGAAAAAUUGGAGUUUUUGCAAAAUUUACUGAAAGUUUGAGUUUUUCUCAACUUUUCUCAUUACAAAAUCAAAAAUUUUCAAAUUCCCACAACCACCCUUCAAAAAACACCUCACUCACACCAAAAACUCAAUUGGGUGUGAAAACAAACAAUCUCAUCAUCAUUAUUUCCGGUUGUGGUGUGAAUUGGUGUCAAAUCACCAAUUCUGUGUGUUUUUGGGGUGUUUGUUGUGUUGGUGUAAAUCUUGUCGGAUUAUGUAAUAAUAGGAGAAUUAUAAAAUUACAAGUUGGGAAAAUUGUCGUGGAUUUGCAUAGUAUUAGGAUUAUGACAAAAAUUUGACACGCGGGGUCGAAAAUCUGGUAAUUUUACUCAGAACUGUAUUUUCGGUCUGAAAUUACUGUAGACUUGAAAUUUUCUGACUGAAAUUCGAAUCUUAUACUUUAAUCAAUCUUUCGAUGUUUCUAAAUCACAAUCAAACUUUAAAUUUAACUAUUUUUCCUACGGAAAACUUCAAAACCCAGCAAAAACCUGAUACUUUUUUGUCUUUUUUGGCAACAAAUGGGAAGAAGAUCAUAAAAAUAACGAGUGCCGCGCAAUGUUAAAAAGAAAGGCAUGCGUUGCGCGGUAAAUAUUAACAAGAUAAUGUGUAGUUUCCCAUGACCUCCUCUUUUUCUCUGCUAACAUGCGCAACAAUGUUGUUUUUUAUAUGGUUAUCAGAGGAACAUCAAAUAGAUUAACAUUGAGGCUGGUGGGAAAGUUCUCUCAAGAAUAGUAAAAAAAAAGACAUUACAGUAGUUUCAUCUUAUCAUUUUUUCAGGUCCAGAAUGUACGGAACAAGGCGCGUGCUACUUCGACGAUGCAACAUGUCUCAACGGAGGAAAAUGCAAUGGAACGAAAUGUAUAUGUCCGGAUGGUUUGACUGGAUCGCGCUGUGAAGUUGACAUCGACGAAUGUUUGAAUGAUCCUUACCUCCGUCGAUGUAACGGUGGAAAGUGUUUCAACACGGUAUGUCGUGUUUUAUUUCUGUUUGGCGCCAAAAAGGUCCCGGCCAAGUCAUUCUCACCCCAAUUAUCUUUUUUUGUCUCGCUCUCUAAAUUAAAUCAAAUCAUCAUCAUCAUUUUCUUCUUCUUAACAUUUUCCCACAAACUACAGUACUCCGACCAGCCAGCUGGCCUUUUUUUCGAGGGGAAGAGGACGAAGAACAAAGAGAUUUGCCGAAAUGUGUAUUUGAAUAGGAAGAAAAAAAGUUUUGGCAACAUUUUUCGAAUUUAGCCUAUGGGAGUACUGUAGGGGGGAAAUUGGCUAGAGUACUGUAGUAAAACGAAAAGUUGAGAGUAUAAAUUGUAAAGUUUGAUAAAAAUUAGCUCGGUUUCUUUUAUCUGCAUAUUUUUCAGUGUUAGGAUAUUGUCGAUAUUUUAACCUCUAAAAUAUUUUUCUCAAUAAUUGUUAUUCUUCCCGUCAAACUACAGUAAUCCGAUAAUAUGUUGGUUUUUUGGAUUAGCCCACUAGUUCUGGCUAUUUUUUGUGUAUUCACGUGAAUGUAUGUUAUCUACAGUAAUCCUCCUAAAAUUUAGAGCUCAGACAUAAAUAAUAUCGCCUACAGUAAUCAUUUAAAAAAUGUUGAAACUUUUAUUUAGAGUCCCCGAAAAUAUUUGACUCGGCAGUUUUUUAAAGGAACACCAAAAACUAAAAGGUCAACAUCGCUAGGUGAAGCCGCGCAUACCAAAACAGACACUUUAAUACUCCUACUUUCAUUCCCUAUAUUCACUUUUCGAUGAAAAAAUUCUUCUAAACUUUUAGAUGAAAAAAUAUUUUUCUGUGGAAAAUUGAAAAAACUCAAAAUCAAAUUGCCACGCUUUUUGCGCUAAACAGCGGGAGAGCGGAAUGUCGUUGUUUUCUUUUUGUUUUUUUUGUUUUCGAAAAAUAUUUUUCGCGUUUUUCCGUUUUUUCUUUGUUUCUCAUAGUAAACGACGAUUUUAAGUAGUAAAUUCGAUAUUCUAGUUAUCAACAAAACGUAUUGAUUGCAGAUUGGAAGAACAUUCCUGGUGAAAUAAGUGAAUUUGGUUGGAAUCUCCGUUUUCAACCUGCAAUCGCGGAUUUCGAUCGUUUCUUCAACACAUCCUGUUGAUAUUCAAAAUAAAUAUGACAUCCACGAAUUUCGAGCACCUACAGUUGUUCUUGAAUGGUCGGAGUUCUGAUAAAUCCGUUUUUUUUAAACAAAUAAACCGGUUUUCAUCAAAUUUUAUUGAAAAAUGACAGAAAACAGAUUUUAAAAAAGUAAAUGUAUACAGUUAUUGCGAUCAGAACAUUGAUGAGCAGAAUCGUCGAGAAAGAAGUGUUUUGGGUGAGUUUGGUUUGCAAAAAAGACGACUUUUGAUCGAAACCGGCUUGAAAUCAUGAAAAUCCAUCAAAUCUCUCCAAUUCGCCUCGAUUCAUGACUAUUCACAGGGUCUUUCUUCUACUUUUACGGGUUUCUUGGAUUUUCCAGCAGUUUUUAUUCAUGUUUCACUUUGUCGAGCCUGAAAAACAGUGAUUUAUGAGAAUAAUCUGUAAUUUCUCAAAAUACUCACUUUUUGGCUGAAAAUCGACGAAAUUCCGCAUUCCUCCGUCAAAAACGUGAUCGAGACAGUUGGGAGAAGAAUUGCCAAUAUCAAUUUACUGAAAAAUAUAUGAAUUCAUCGUUGAAAAGUGAAAAACAAGCGAAAACUCCCGAAAAAACAAAAAAAUAAAAAAUAAUUUUUUUGUGUGCAUUCUGCCGUGACGGUGUUUGCACAUUUCGCUCUGAGUCCUCUGAGGAGGGAAUUCAAACGGUUUUUUUCCCAUUUUUUUCUUUUGGCGCAAACUUCACCAUUUUUUCAAUUUUUUUUUACUUGUUGCGAACAUUUGUAAAUUGACAUUGAUUAUUUCGAGUUCUGAAGUGUUUGUUCUGAUACGCUAGAGUGACUAUUAGCUUUUGGUGUUCCUUUAAAUUCUUAUCCUUUUUUCAGUUUGGCUCCUAUGAAUGCGAUUGCCCAGAAGGUUUUCUUCCACCAUAUUGCAACGUCAUUGGAACCCCAGAAGAAAUGCUUGACCCAGACUUCCAAUUUCCACCAGAUUGUGUAAUUGUCAACAACCAACAAGAACAAUGUUCAAAUUUCGGAGAAUGCCUGUUUGAUAACAAUGCAACACGUUGUGAAUGCCCGCAAGGUUUUCGAGGCGAAAUAUGCGAAAAUGACAUCGAUGAAUGCCGCGAAAUGCCUGGAAUUUGUCAGAACUCCGGAAAAUGUGAAAAUUUGUAUGGAGGAUUCUUAUGUCAUUGUGCAGAUGGAUUCUCUGGCGAAUUUUGCGAGGUUAAUUUCGAUGAUUGUUUGAACAACACGGCUUGUGGAGAAAACGGCAUCUGCCGCGAUGGAAACAAUCGAUUCACUUGUGAAUGUCGAAACAACACGAUGGGACAAUUUUGCCAGUUCUUGAACCCAUGCAAAACUGGUAUGGAUUUGUGUAAUUCUCAUGGAACUUGCACACCAUUGCCUGGAACUGGUGGAUUCACAUGUGAUUGCAAAUAUGGAUUCUAUGGAGAUUUUUGUGAAAUUGAUAUCGAUGAAUGUCAAACACGAGACAAACCAGAUGAUCCACUUUGUUAUCAUCAAGGAAAAUGUGUCAACACACCGGGAAGUUGGAAAUGUGAAUGUCGCCGCGGAUAUAAUGGAACAAAAUGCGAAAGAGCACUGAAUCUGUGUGAAAUCGAGAAUUUCGAAUGCGAAAACGGUGGCGAAUGUUGGAUGGCAUCAUCGGAUUGGAGAACAGAGCCCGUUUGUGUGUGCCCCGAAGGAUUCGUUGGAAAACAUUGUGAAAUACAGUGUCCCGGCGGAUAUGGAGGUUCGUCAUUUUUUGUUUCAAAAAUCAAAAAUCUUGACAUUUCACCCUUUUCUUGAUUUCAACUCACUAUCAGAGGUAUUAAAAUUUUGUUUCGCUUUAAUGAAAAUCAAUUUAUUCCAGGAGCAAAAUGCGUUUUGGAUCUCUCGCAACCAACUUGCGGUCGUGAAAUUGAACAAGUUUGUUACAAUGGUGGAAAAUGUAAUGAAUAUGGACAUUGUAAUUGUCAUCCAAAUUAUAUUGGAACCCAUUGCGAAAUGGAACGAGCAGAAGCAGAAAAAUUAGCCGGAUUGAAUUGUGCCCAAGAUCCAUGUUUGAACGCAGUGAAAUGUGUCAAUGUGACUGGAACAACUGAUGGAAUUGGAUAUUGGUGCAUUUGUAAGGAUGGAUAUGAGGGAGAUGUUUGCGAAAAGAAGAAAGGUGAGAAUUGGCUGGAUUUUAAGCCACAACUUUCUGAACCUGUUUUAAGUUGAGAUUUGAAAAAAAAGAUUUUGAAUUCUAGAUUACUGUGCCACAAAUCCUUGUUUCAAUGGUGCAACAUGCAACAAAAAGCCAAAUGGAUAUUCGUGCAAAUGCCCAGCCGAUUUCACUGGACCAAGAUGUGAAGAGAGAAAACCAUUCCGUUGUGCCGAAAAUACAUGUCAAAAUGGUGGAAUUUGUAACAAAGAUGCAAAAUGCGAGUGUCCGGAUAAUUAUUUCGGACCGAAUUGCAGCGAAAAAUUGAACGCCGAUGACUUCUACACAAAGGAUCGAUUGAUUCGCGAAAAAUGCGACGCCAGAAAUUGCACAAGCCGAGCUGCCGAUGGAAAUUGUGAUUUGGAUUGCAAUUUUGCCGCAUGCGAUUUCGAUGGAGGCGAUUGUUCAGGUCGACGAAAACCAUUUGCCAAUUGCAAGUAUGGAAACAUUUGUGCGAAUUUGUUUGGUGAUGGAAAAUGUCAUCAAUUUUGCAACAAUGAAGAUUGCCUUUGGGAUGGUUUGGAUUGCAUGGCAAAAGUAUCAAGAUGCGCAAGACAAGAGAAAUGUGCCAAACAGUUUGGAGAUGGAAAAUGCGACGAGGAAUGCAAUUCGGAAGAAUGCGGAUUCGAUGGAGGUGAUUGCGAAAAGGAGACAACCAAAAACACCACAGGAUUGCUGCAGGAUAUUCGAGUGAUCAUCCAAAUGACACCCGAAAAUUUCCGACAAAAUGGUGGUGCUUUCUUGCUGGAACUUGGUCAAACACUUCGUUCGAUCAUUCGAAUUCAACGAGAUUCGGAAGGACCGCUGGUUUUUGAGUGGAAAGAGUCGGAAGGAUUUGAGGGCGCGCGAGUCCAGAUGGAUACAGUGAGUUUUUUUAGGGUGGAAUCUGUCUGAAAGUUGAUCUUUCUUGAAAAAUUUAGCUGAAAAAGAAAUCAGUUUUCAAAAUUUGAAAUAUUUUUCAGAACAAACUCGAAGAACAACAACUUUUGGCGAAGGAAACUGCGCGAAGAUUCAGAAGAACAACAUUUGCUCAAAAUAACGAUGAUUCUGAAAAACUCGUCGCUGUUUAUCUCGAAAUCGAAAAGCCAACUGAAAAAUGUUUGUCUGACGGGUAUUGUAUGCGAUUCUCAAGUUCACAAAGCGUUGUUGAUUUUUUGGCUGCUGAAAUCGCACGAUCACAAACUUCGUUAUCAGGAAAAAUCCCAGUUUCCGAAGCAAUUGUUAUGAAACCAGGACAAGGCUCAAAGAAUUCCAACAGUUGGUUCAACUCCUCGCUCAUUCUUGUUAUCAUCGGAUUUAUCUUAUUGGGAAGCACUGUUGCUGGAGUGAUUGUUAUGAAUGGCGAUGAUAAAAGAAGCCGAAAGAGAAAGAUUAUCAGUGCCCCAAUUUGGAUGCCACCAACAGAACAAGAGGAGAAAUCGAGGAAAAAUGGAUCGCAAAACUCGUUGCUGCAAUUCUCAUCGACCAAUUAUUAUUCGGAAGCGAAACGCGUCAAAUUCGUGCCAGGAGCCAACAACAAUUUGGCAUAUUUCGAGCAUUUCCAACAGCCGAACACAAUGUCAAAACUUCACUUGUUAGCCGCUUCAUCGAUUGGAACACCGCAAGAAGAAGCAGAAAUCAUCAAUCAAGUCGAACUUGCGCUGGAGGCUGGAGAAAAUGUGAAUGCGCGAGAUUCUGAUGACAACACACCACUCAUUUUGGCCGUCAAAACCCGAAGAACCCGUCUGGCGAUUAUAUUGAUGAAGGCUGGAGCCGAUCCGACGAUCUUCAAUAGAAGCGAAAGGAGCGCAUUGCACGAGGCGGUUGUGAAUCUGGAUUUGAGAAUGGUGCAGAUCUUGUUGACGGACAAACGAAUGUGCCAGGUAAGGGAGUUUUUGUUCGGAAUUUGACAAAUCAAAUCAAUGAGAAUUUUGAAAAAAAACAACUUAAUGUUUGUUUUCAGGAAAUCGAUGAACUCGACAGAAAUGGCCGGACUGCGUUGAUGGAAAUAGCUCGUCUCGAUCAAGAUGUUCAAAUCGCCAAACUGUUGAUAUCAAAAGGAGCAAAGAUUGAGGCCGAUGGAGCCGCCCGAAAAGAUUCGGAAGUUUAUAAAGGACGCACUGCUCUUCAUUAUGCAUGUCUGUGCAACAACAUGAGAAUGGCCGAAUAUUUGAUCGGAUUGAACGCGAAUAAGGAUAAGCAGGAUGAGGCUGGACAAACACCGAUUAUGUUGGCAGCCAAAGAAGGACAUCUACACAUGGUUCGGUAUUUAAUUGGAUGUGGAGCGAGUUUGGAAUCGACUGAUUUGAUGGUGAGUUUUUUUGGGCUUCAGAUUUGUUAGAACUACCUAACUCCACCCUUCCUUGGCCGAGGCGUGCCUUCUCUUUUUUUUUUCCCUAAAAAUCUGACAAUUUUCCAGGAUAAUUCUGCUCGAAGAUUGGCCGAACAACACCAUCAUUACGAAAUCGUUGAGAUCAUCGAUCAAGGCAUCGUCGACAAGGAAUUUUCGGAUACUCAAAUCCGCCAAGCUCAAACCAACAAAAUCACCAAGGCAUCAAGACCAACCAUCAAAAGUGUGAAAAGAAAUGCGUCGCGAAAAAGUGGACCACCAACACCACAAAAUCAUCAACAACUUCAACAGCAUUUGAAUCUCAAUCAUCAGACACCCCAUUUGACACCGCCACCUUCUGAUGGUUCACCAUCACCGAUUCAGUAUUCGACAUCCUUGGUCAAUACAUCGUCAUCUGGCGCGUAUAAUCUGAGCAAUCCUGGAAGCAACAACACUUCAGUUGCCGGAAGUACCGGAAUGGUAUCAGAUGCGAGUAGUCCGGAAUAUCAACCACAAGAUUCAUCAGAUAUGGUGAGAGUUUUUGGGGUGAAAAUGUUAAAUGUUUGAAUAGUGUAAUCUCGGGUUUCCCAUUUUUUGAGAAUUUCAAAAUGUGUACCUUCUCUUGUAAUUUUAGCCCAUGUAUAAAACUGUAAAUAUAUAUAUAUAUUAAUGAAUUUUUUGAUUUUACGAAAAAAAUGAGUUUUUCCAAAUGAUUUCUAGGUCAAAAUUUAGGUGAAAAUUUAGAUUAAGUCCAAAAGGCUGCUACUAAUCAGACUCUAGGUUAUUAUUUGGAUUCCUAGGCCCCUUUCACAGAAACUUCCUAUCCCAGCCUAAUUUUCAUCCAUUUUCAGAGCAAUUUAUCAACUGGCGGCGGAACGUGGUACUCAACAUCACCACCAUAUCAUCACCCGCAAAAUGCUCCAUUUUAUCAGCCUGGAAUUUAUCCCGAUAAUAAUGCAUUCUAUUAUUAG